AUGGCUUCCGGUUUCGAUAAACCAGCCAAUAUCCUGAUGAUAAACGGUGCUGUUGAUCGUUAUGGAUUCUUUGAAGGUGAACAAUUCUGCGAAGCAAACAUGCGGAAACUUUCUGAAUCCUCUUUGAAUAAAAUACGCCGAAAAGAAUUGAAAUGGCAAAACAUGCUAACUGAAUGGGAUAAAUGGAUGUGCUAUAAAACAGAUCGGGUGAGAAAUCAAUGUCGAAAAGGUAUUGCGCCAGCUAUACGUUCAAGAGUAUGGCAGUAUCUUUGUGGAAGCCAUCAAAUAAUGCAGAUGGAAAGUGGGAAAUAUCAGGUACUCUUGAGAAUGUCGGGUGAUCCAAAGACAAUUUCACAAAUCAAAUUAGAUGUCGGCAGACAGUUGCCUAAUCACGUACUUUUUGCUACAAGCCAUGGUAAUGGAAAGGCAUCUCUGUUCAACGUACUCAAAGCAUAUUCACUGCUACAUCCUUCUACUGGCUAUUGCCAAGCUCAAGCACCGAUUGCUGCAGCGCUACUUAUACACAUGCCAGAAGAGGAUGCAUUUUGGACAUUUGUCUGUUUAUGCAACCGAUAUAUGACCGAUUAUUUUAAAUCCGAUCUUGUACGUGUCAAAAUUGAAUUGAACAUGUUAUUUGAACUGGUGAAGAAAUAUCAACCAGAUAUAUACCAUCACAUGGUGAAAUGUAAUACAGAGCCAAUGUAUUUCGCUAUUGACUGGUUCAUGUGUUUGUAUACGCGCAAUUUGCCAUGGUCUACAGUCCUUCGUAUAUGGGAUAUGUUCUUCUUUGAAGGUGUGAAGGUUUUAUUUCGUAUAGCACUUUCUAUAUUUCAACUUUUACUGGGAGAUUCGAAUUCAAGAAGAAGAUUGAAUUCAAUGGAUAAAUUAAUGGAAUCUUUACGUAAUCUACCUAAAAAUAUAGUCGGUGAACAUGUGCUUAUUAAUCAUUCAUUUCGUUAUACAUUUAUCACUAAACAAGAACUUGUAAAACUGUAUCGAACACAACUGAAGUCUAUUGAGUUAAUAUCAUCGUCUUCAUCCUAA